AUUUCCGGUUCCUACCUCUAGAUUUGAAAGUUAACGGAGUAUCUAAUUUCUAUACUCGUAAAUUACAGCAAAUUCUCCUGGUAAUCAUUCGUAAUUAAUGUUAAUAUUAAAUAUUUAAUUAUAUUUGUCGUGUUCUGAGUUUUAAAAUGGAAUGUAAGCAUUUUAAAUUUGAUUUUAUAGGUUUACAAGCAUAGGCGACAUUAAGUUGUCAAAUGUUAUUUGAAUACUACUCUCUCUGUUUAAAUACUUAAGUCUAAAUAAUAAUUCUUUUAAUUUCAGGUGCAAAAUGGCCGAUUCGCCCGAAUCUCAAAGUAUCGAAAAAGCCAUACAAACCAUCCUGAAAGAUUUCGAAAUCGAAGUUAGUUCGUAUCUAGCAGACUUAGAUGCUAAAGUGAAAAUGAUCGAGGGAAAAAUGACACAAAUUGUCGAUCAACAACUAUACAAAUUACCUGAAAAGUAUCGAAGUAUGAAAUAUGACGAUUUCGUAGCUCUUUGCGAUGAUGAUAUCGAGCAAAAGGAAGCAAAAAAUGAUGUUCCUUCAAUAACUUCCACUCUUAGAGGUCGAAGAACUCGCAGGAGAGUUCCAGAUCCUCUAACGCCAGGUCCCAAUGAAAACAAAGAAAAUGCCCAAACUCCAGUUAUUGGAAAACUACGUAAAGUUGAGGCAGAGGUUGAUGGAAUUUUAGCUAAAAAGAAUCUUAAUGGCGUAAACAUCAAAGAGGCUAAAUCGAUGGUAGAUAAUUUAAUUUCAAAAUUAAGAAGUGUGUCAGAUUGUCUAUAG